AUGCGGCAACUUGAACCUCGAGUGCGUCUAUGCGCCGAAUUGUUGCACCAAUUCGCUCAAAGACUCCGCGAACAAGUCAAUGACCUUUAUGCGAGCCUCAAUGAGCUUCGAAGCAGAUCCGAGAUCGCCUACACAGCGUCCAUCGACCCUCAAUUCUCCCACGAUGGCUCGAACCGGUCAAUGUCCAUAUCGCGCACGCUACCUCCGCUCAUCUCACCUAAGAGAGCGCCUCCCAAGGCGUUGCCCCAGUUCCAUGGUCCGACAAGUACCGUAUAUGGACUGGAUGUGGCCAAAUCCUCUCUGCAAACCAUGGGCAUAACUCACAAUGUGGCGGAUGACGGGCUGAUGUCGCGUGAAAGGAGCCGAGCUGCGUCGCCGGUCAUGAUGCUGCCGGCGCAUCCUAGCAAAGAUCCACUGUGGUUGAUUGACCACUCCGAGGUGGUCCGGUUGUGCCGUGUCUAUGAAGAAGAGAUUGGAAUCAUGUAUCCCGUGAUUGACAUUGACAAGGUCCUGAAACAGGCCAAUUCGCUGUACAAGUUUAUUGGCGCAUCUCUGCGGACUGGCCUCGGUCAGCCUAGUUUGCCCGGUGCUGAUACUUUUGACGAUGAGGAGACUACUGUCCUCAAGAUGGUCAUGGCCGUCACCUUGACGGUGGAAGGCCACGGCCGCAGUGAAUUGGGCCAGAGGUUCUUUGACGCUGCAAAGCCGGCCACUGACCUCAAGCUGGUCACCGCAAUCGACGUCAAGUCCGUGGUCUUGACUGUGUUGACCGCCACCUUCUACUUCCAGAAAGACGAAGAAGCACAGGCGUGGCGUUUCAUCGGCAUCGCCGCGCGUAUGUGCAUUGAGAUGGGCCUGCACCGGAAAGACUCGCUCCUCAAAUCUUUCACCAAUGAAGCCGAAUACCAGCAAGCGAUUCGCAUCUUCUGGACAGUCUAUGCGCUGGACAGGCGCUGGAGCUUUGGCACUGGAAUGCCUUUUGCAUUGCAGGACGCGGAUCUGGAUCCCGCUCUGCCUGAGCCAGACGAGGGGCAUCCGUACCUGAAACAUAUCACGAAAUACAAUCAGAUUGCCACCAAGGUGUGGUAUCACAACCUUGCCUAUGAAGCUGGACAGAACACGAAGAAGGACGAGAUUGGAUUCCUCGACUACCAGAUCCUACAGUGGUAUUCCCAAUUACCGGAGUCGCUGCAAUUCAACAAUCGCGAUCUGGCACGAGAGAAUGAAAUUCCCGGCCGCGGCGUGCGACGACUUCGGCUACUGAUGUACCUGCGCAAGAACCAGGCACGAAUUUCCAUUUAUCGACCUAUUCUCCACUCGGCGACCAGCAUCAUGGACAAUCGGCAUUAUGCUCAGAAUGUCAUUGAUGUGGCUAAGGACACCAUCAACACACUCACGGCGGUCAACCAGAUGUCGGACAUCUACAAAACCCAGCAAGUGCUGUAUAACUAUUUCCUGGUGCAGGCUCUGGCGGUUCUUUUCCUGUCCGUGGCUCAUGCUCCUGCAGUCUUCUGUGGACAAACCCGGCAGGAAUUCUACGCCGCGAUUGAGAUUGUCAAGGGCUUCAGCACCAAAUCCCACGUGUCCAAAAGAUUGUGGAGGACCAUUCGCGGGCUGAAAGACAUUGGUGACAAGAUCGGCCUCCUGGCUCGUGGGGGCAGCACCAUGAAUGACGCCGAGCAAGAUGCGCACUCCGAUGCUGCUGUGGCAAUGGCCGGCCUGGCAGGACACAAGGUCGAUUAUAACCAGGCCUAUGGAAACCCUCCCACCAGCCAGGGCAAUGGAGACCAAGGCCAGGAGCUUGGAGUAAGCCCUGAUGAUGCGCUUCAGAUCACCAACGAGUUGUCCAGCCUGUUUGAGCUUGCCGGCGGGUACGGUGCUUCGACCCCCGGCGCUGAUGCCUUCAACUACGUGGGCCCAAGCGGAGACGUGGGCAUGCCCGAGGGAUUUAAUGUCUUUGGCAACGAGCCAGAAUUUGCGAGGAUUAUGAACGAACUAUUUUGA